CGAUGGCUAAACGAAAAACCUCGAGACCUUCGUAAUUAUCGAUGGCCGACAAGGUAUCACCAAACCAAACACAUGCAUCCACUAUCCACCGCACGCGGGCGAGUUUUUAUGCCUUUAUCUUUUUCCAACACGCAUACGUACAAACCAAACCUAAAAAUUCAGUAGGUAGGUACGAAAUACUCGCCUGAAAGAGUGAUCCCGAGAGCACAGCCCUCUCAGUCAGAGCACUCACGUCUCGCGGUAUUCUUCCUUCUAAAAACCGAGAAGUAACAGCGAAUCAAAAUCAAUACCCGUUGCCCAGCAACAGCAUCAAGUUAUUCGGUUCUGGUGUUUUGUUUUGCCUGGUGGUGUAGUGUCAAAAGUUUUAAAAAUUUGAUUUGCCGAAAUGGCCGUUGCGGGAAAAGACGGUGAUAACGGUGCCGUCGAAUUUCAGUUUUAUCAACCGGAUAACAGGACUAAAUGGGAAACCUUUCGGCAGGCGAUUUAUGACAAAUCUUCUAACCAGUUCCUCGGGAGAACUCCUAAAAAUUGGGGUCAGCUCCUGGUUUUCUACUCAAUAUUCUACAUAGUAUUAGCUGCCUUAUUUGCUAUCUGUAUGCAAGGUUUAUUUGCUACAUUAGACGACAGAGUGCCUAAAUGGACAUUAGACCGAAGCCUUAUAGGAGUAAAUCCCGGCCUAGGAUUCCGUCCUAUUUCCAAUGUAACUGAGGAAGGCUCCCUUAUUUGGUAUAAUAUCACAAACCAUACUUCAAUAAAUAAAUGGGUGGGUUUGAUUGAUACAUUUUUGUUACCCUAUAAAGCAAAUCAAACUGGUAAGAAUUUUGUUCCUUGUGAUAAAGACAAACGUCCUGGAUCAAAGGAAGUAUGUGAAACGGGUAUUCACAACUUUCAAAAUUGUAGUCCUGGUCGGAUGUACGGCUACAACACUUCUACGCCCUGUGUGUUUCUCAAACUGAAUAGAAUUUUUGAUUGGGUUCCUAAAUUUAUAACCUCGCCUCGAGAAGGAAUGCCGAAAGAUUUAGCUGAACACAUCCAAAAGCUGAAAGACGAAAAUUCUACGGAGCGCAUGGUAUGGGUGACUUGUCAUGGUGUCGAUGACUUCGAUAGAGAAAACAUAAAAGGAUUCAAUUACUAUCCUAAAGGUUUCUCUAGUUCCUAUUAUCCUUACACGAACAUCAAGAACUAUUUGAGUCCUAUCGUCGCCGUCGAAGUCAUCAACAUAACUCCGAACGUGCUGGUUAGCAUAGAAUGUCGAGCCUGGGCGGAAAAUAUAGAAUACAGAAAUUCAUCAUUAAACCGAGCAGGAUCUGUUAGAUUCGAAAUUCAAGUGGACAGAGAACCUAAACCACCAAAACCAAUACUGCAAAAUCAACCCAGAACCGCUACACUUGUAGGUGCAAAGACUGCUGUUCCAGUUGGAACAAAUCCAACACAGAGCACCAAAACUGGCGUUUCAACUUCUGCGAUAAUUAGUACAGCAGCAACAACUGUUUUAACUACAGUAACGGCUUAAAUCAUUUGAUAUCAUACAUAGAGGUUAUAUAAAAACGCCCUUAAAUCGUUAGAUUCUGAUUAAGAAACGUGACCAAAAAUUUUACUCCAAUGCGAUAAAAAUUUUGAUAUCUGUCGGUUCUUUGUAAAUAUGUCAUCAUUCAAUUACACCUCUGCGUUAAGCACACAAAAGGCGCUUUAAAGCUUUGCAUUUCUCACCUCAAUUCAUUCAACCCUCGAUUGUGGAUUAUCCGCUGGGAGGAUUGACAUGACAUGAGGGGACAUGCCAUUUCGACAGUACUUCUCAUGGUGGCAUUAUUUGUAAGCCGUGGGGGAUAGGCGAUAAAUUCAGCUAUCUUUCUUUACUAUAUUUUCUUACCUUAGUAAAGCCACCUCUUCUUUUCAACCAGAUCCUUUGGAAAGACAAAGAAUCUACAUAUCCCUCUUUUACUAUAGUGUUUACAAUCUGGGGUAAAGCACAUUACCAUUUUUAUUAUACAAAAUACAAUGUUCACAAAAGUUCCUAACCUUUGCUUGGUGAAUAUCACUAAAAAACUAGGUUUCAUAGAAAUUUAAGACAGAAUUAUGGUGAUAUUAUCUUAAAAACACUACAAUACUUAAGAAGAAAAAGCAACAGAGGAAGCAAAAUUUCAAAUAGGAACUAAAGAGAAUUAAAAUGCAUUAAAAAUUAAAAUUUAAAAAUGCUUGAGAUUGGGCAAAUCCUGGCUUUUCAACCUUUGUUUACAAAGUGAUAAUAACAAUAUGACAGUCGUGACGUCACACUUCGGCUGUCAGCCUUAAAAUCUGUUCGUAUUUUUCUAUAUUUAAACUAUCUUUAUUUAUUAUAUCAGACAUUACCUAACAUAUUGAGUAUUUAUAGCAAAUUUCUAAUAAUGUAUUUAUACAUUAGCUGAAAAUUCUAUCUAUCUAUAAGCCAGGUUCCUACAGCCUCUGCCCCUUCUCGCAUUUCGACCGCCAUCUUUUUCUGUCCAUCCAUUCGUCUCCUUUGAUGGCUCUAUCUUUCAUGAUGUGCAUGUGCCGUACAUUUUCUUCCCCGGCAACUGAAGGCCUUCCCCUUCUUCUGCAAUAAAAAUUUGGGGGUCCCAUUUAAGAUUUUAAAGUAACCCCCACCCCGCCUCCGUGGGGGGUCGUGUUUGGUACCAUUCGAUAAAUUUUUCAAAAACAUUUUAAAAGCGUAUUUUGCAGUUUUUCGAUCUGAUGUUCAUUUUGCGAAAUAUCGCGGGGUUUGUAUUUAAAAUUUUAAAUUUACCCCCCACCCCUCUUCGUAAGGGGUCAUGUUUAGUACCAUUCGAUAGAUUUUUGAAAAAUAUUGUAGGCGUAUUUUUUAGUUUUUCGAUCUGACGUUCAUUUCGCGAAAUAUUCGCUUUUUUGUGAAACUUUUUGACUCACCCAUUUCCUUACACCCCGCUCAAAUCAUCAGAUUUUUGAAAUAUACGCUCUUUUGCAUGUACUUAACUUACCUUAUCUUAAUCUGACAAUUUCGACUAUUUUUAAGGAUAGAUUUUUUUUCGGGCCUCCCUUAACGAACUUCCCUGUGUUACGAGCCAAUAUAUGGUAGAGGUACAUCUGCAGGGUACCAGGUUUCUCCCCAUAUGAUAAUGUGACGCGCUCGAGUAACUGCAAAAAUCCCCGCUUGGGCUCCCCUACCAUAAAAUACCCCGCACAAACCUUAUAGAAAUUAGGUCCCAGUGGAUUUAGUUCAUACUUUGGGAAAAUACUCUUUGAAGCAUCCUGAUGAAAAGUUCUCAUGGGCAGAUCUCGAUCUGAUGGAGGAUUUUCAAGAUAUAGAGACCCAAACUCGGAAAAUUAUAAGAUUUACCGGGUAUUCCAAUUCCUGGAGUUACUGCGACCUUUAAAUACUUCGACCUUGACCUUCAAGGUCAUGCCAAGGUCACACGUUCUUAUUCGAGCGGGAACCCAUGUUUCUAACUGCAACAAUGAAUAAAAUGGAUAUAUUUACGUUUAAAUAUGAUCUUAAAAUUCAUGGUCAAGGUUAUUGGGUUAAUUGGUUAUAGAUUCCAAAAUACAUAAUGUAAUAGAAGUUUGAGAUUUUUAUUGCAUACAUAAUGUAAUAGAAGGACGGGUUACAGGGGUUAGAAUCAAAGUAACAUCUUCAAGUUUGUGUCAAUAUAUAUAUUCGUUAUUGUUUUGACAAAUAUAGAUUCUGUUGACCGAUCAGAUAUAAAACCUGUGUUUAGCAGGUUAUUUUUAUUAUGUUGAUUUGAAGGAAUAUUCACCUUUAUUGUUAUAAGGUCCUAUUCGAACGAAGAAUAUUUAUAUCUUCUUUUUUCAGAGUCAAAUAUAUGGCCCCUUUUGAAUAAAAAUUCAUGACCUUGAUACGAUCAAGAAUGUCAUGAUCAAGAUCAAAUUCAAAGCCGGUAUCGUUAAACCGUGGAAAAAUCUCAAACUUCUAUUACAUAACUUUGGAAUCUAUAACCCAUUAACCUAACAACUAUUAACAACAUCAGAUAUGCAG